AUGAAGAUGUUCAACGCUUUAAUUAAUGAAUUAAAAUGGGUUGAUCCAAAGCUUCAAAAUGGUUGUUAUACGUGGUCAAACUAUAGUCAUAAGCCAAUUUGUUGUAGGCUGGACAGGUUCUUCCAUACUCCUUCGUGGUCAGAAUUGUAUACCUUCAUUCGUCAGGAAGUUUUGGUUCGAGUAGUAUUUGAUCAUAGUCCGGUAGUGUUGGAUUCUAGUCCUCCUUCUUGGGGCCCUUCUCCUUUCAGAUUUGAUAAUUCUUGGUUGGAGCACAAGGAUUUUUCUCGUCAUUUCCAGGAUUGGUGGACUUCGGCUAAGGUGCAAGGGUUUCCGGGCAUGGAUUUUAUGUCAAAGCUAGCUUUUAUUCGCGAUUAUAUUAAGAAGUGGAGUCGACAGGUCUUUGGGGAGAGGAAAAUGCGAAAACUUUUUUUGGAAAGGAGACUGUAUGAGUUGGAUAGAUUGGAGGAAGGGGGUUCGUGGAAUGAGAAUUUUGUUUUGGAACGCUCAAAGGUGAAGGAGGAUUGUGCUCGAAAAGCGAGGAAUUUCAUCUCUAGGAUUGAGGAAGAGGAUGGAACUAUUUGGGAUAAAGACCGUGAUAUUGAAAGGGCUAUUGUGGGUUUUUACUCGUCUUUGUAUUCGGCGGUUGAGAGAGAAUGGAUUGGGGUGGAUGGGAUUUCCUGGUCUCCAAUUCUGUCGGUUAUGGCUUCCUUCCUCGAGCGUCCAUUUGUGGAAGACAAAAUUAGACAAGCAGUUUAUGCAUGUGAUGGCUCAAAGGCCCCGAGGCCAGACAGAUUUUCCAUUGCAGUUUAUCAGAAGAAUUAG